AUGAGGUCUCGUACGGGAUGCCAGACAUGCCGUCAACGCAAGCUUAAGUGCGACGAGGAGAAGCCUAUAUGCGGGCAAUGUCGAAAGGGCUCUAGAGAAUGUCGUCCUAGUGAUGGAGUUGUUUUCCGACAUCAGCAGAAUGCGUCGAUGAAUGCGGCUGGAGACGAGGAAGCAGGAGAGAGAACCGGGAGGUUGGGAAGCUUCUAUGCCUACAAGAAUACGUUCAACGAGAGCAAUGUUUGGGUGGAUAUUCCGAAAAAUGUGACCUUCCUCAACAUUACGGAUCCGUUUAACAUGGAAGCAACACCCGAACCUGAGGACCAUGCUGCUUCGACCCCAAUAGUUGUGCCAAGAUUGGAGGAAGGCAGUGUAGACAAUUAUCCUCAUAUAUCAUUCGAUGACGCUCCUGGAUUGGAGGCCCUUUCUGCGGCGGCGACGAACAAUUACGAUUAUAUACGACCAUUAUCAAAUCACGCGAGUUCACCUGGAGACCCUCUCGUCUCCCAUCCACCUUCGAAUAAUCUUAAUUUUAUAUUAAAUCCUACAGUCCCCGACGGUAACCUGGAUGAUGCGCGGUCACCACCUAUUGAUCCCGCUUUGGCUUCCUCGCCCAAGGCCUUCUCUCCUCCAUGCGACCUUAAAUCUGUCAAAGAGCACGAAGUUGCCUUUCUGUUGCGUCACUUCAGCGAGACUGCUGGACAAUGGAUGGACCUCUAUGAUCUUGGCUGCUACUUCGCGCAUAUAGUUCCGGUACAAGCUUUAUCAAAUCCUCUACUCAAAUACUCCGCUUGCGCAUAUGCAGCCAAACAGCUCAGCCGUGUACGUGGGAACAAAGCCAUACAUGGCGGCAACGUUACUAGACGAGCUGAAAUGGAGCUCUAUCCCCACCCGGAAACUGUCGACUGGGACUACAUCGGAACGAAGUAUUAUGAUAAGGCGAUACAACUUCUCAUGGAAGAACUAUCAAAGUCCGGAAGACAAGAAGCAUCAGUGACGCCUGGUCCAGAUCAAGCUUUCACCCCUCAAAGCUCCGCCCAAUCGCCACAAAGUGCUCUCAGUGGGCAAGGAAAUAAAAGACGACGUGUUUCAAGACCAGCACAUGCCAGCAACGCAGAUGAAACACUGGUAGCUGGUGCUAUUUUGUGUGUGUAUGAAUUUUUGGAUUAUACCAACAUUGCAUGGUCGCGACAUCUCAGCGGCACUAAAUCAUUAUUUGAUAUCGCAGAGAGUCAGAGCAUGAUGCCAUUGCAAUCGCCAACAAGUCCUGGUUCAAUCCGCCAAUGGGCCCAACCUUCAAGAGCCCGGAGAGCCGCAUUUUGGAACUUUGCCCGUCAGGAUUUUCUCGCUGCUUUUAUCAACGAAAGCCAAACAAGACUUAAUACCGAAGACCUCGGUCUUUGGAGAGCUGCCGGUCUCCAUCUUGAUGAGCAAGGCUUCGUCAUCCCAAGCAAUAGCACCGAGGCCUUCCAUUAUCCUGAUCGACAAAUUGCUAUGCGAGAAGACAUGAUAGCAAACGCUUUGGUAUGGUUGAUGUCUAAGAUCAUUAACUAUAUUGCUUCUGGUGAUUCAAUUGACCAUGUUUUCCCCCAAGACCGGGCAAGUCCAAAUGGGAUCAUCGGCAUAAACCACAUGAUACUUCUUGAAAGAUGGAAGGAGCUUGAGAAAGAGCUUGAUAUCUGGUAUCAAGGUCUUCCCGACACUUUCAAGCCUUGCGCUCGACUACCACCUGUGACAGACGGAAGCGUUCCAAGUGACAGCCCUAGGGCAGUUUUCUCGGAAAUUUGGUACAGCAUGCCGAUGUGUGCCUCGACUAUGCAAUCGUAUUACAUGGCUCGAAUCAUACUUUUGGUGAACAAGCCGCAUGAAUCAACCGCACGGCGGUCAACUCUUGCGGCCAGAAUUCAAUCAUAUCGGACAAUCGAGUCGGAAGUCCGACAUAAUAGCCAUGAGAUUUGUGGGAUUGCAUUGGGAAGGCCCGAAGGUAGCGUCAGAAUCCACCAAGUGCAACCUCUAUUUGUUUCGGGGCAGUGCCUAGUAGAUGCUCGGGAACGCCGUGCUGUUUUGAGUCUCUUGCGCGAUGUUGAAACCGACCUGGGUUGGGCGACUGAAUAUCGAGUGAAGCAGUUGCUCAAAGAAUGGGGCUGGGACGAGGGACAAAGCUGA